AUUUGUUGACACAAUUGACGUAUGUCACUGUGAACAACAACAAUUUUUGGUUAUAUUUACAAAUACUGAAAUCUAAGCGUUUUAUAUUAAGAUUGAAGAAUAUUUUUAGACAACCAAAGCACCAAAUUUCAUUAGUGAGCAGAUAUAACAAACGGAGUUCUGCAGCACUUCUUUGGAAGUGCUUCUCAUAAUUGCCCGCUACUGUAUUAUGACAAGUCUCAUGAUGGACUACGAAUUUAAAAUGAAAACUCAGAAUGAGAGAGUUAAGGUGGAAGAUUUAUUUGACUAUGAGGGUUGCAAAGUUGGUAGAGGGACGUACGGUCAUGUGUAUAAAGGCCGACGCAAAGACGGCUCGGAUAGUCGAGAUUAUGCUCUAAAGCAAAUCGAGGGCACAGGUUUAUCAAUGUCUGCCUGUAGAGAAAUAGCGCUUUUGAGAGAACUGAAGCAUCCCAAUGUCAUUAACCUAAUUAGAGUAUUCUUGUCCCACAACGAUAGAAAAGUAUGGCUUUUAUUUGAUUUUGCCGAACAUGAUUUAUGGCAUAUCAUUAAAUUUCACAGAGCUGCUAAAGCUAAUAAAAAGCCUGUUAUGGUGCCCAAGGGAAUGGUAAAAUCUCUCUUAUAUCAGAUCUUGGAUGGUAUACAUUAUUUACAUUCCAAUUGGGUGUUACAUCGGGAUUUAAAACCCGCAAAUAUUCUUGUUAUGGGUGAAGGACCAGAGAGAGGGCGUGUGAAAAUAGCUGAUAUGGGGUUUGCGAGGCUUUUCAAUGCACCUUUGAAACCUCUAGCCGAUUUAGAUCCAGUUGUGGUCACUUUUUGGUACAGAGCACCUGAAUUAUUGUUAGGUGCUCGUCAUUAUACAAAAGCAAUAGAUAUUUGGGCCAUUGGUUGCAUUUUUGCUGAACUAUUGACCUCAGAACCAAUCUUCCACUGCCGCCAAGAAGAUAUAAAAACCAGCAAUCCUUACCACCAUGAUCAAUUAGACAGAAUAUUUAAUGUUAUGGGCUUUCCUUUAGAAAAAGAUUGGGAAGAUAUUAAAAAAAUGCCAGAACAUCCCACAUUAAUGAAGGACUUUAAAAAGAAUAGCUAUAUGAACUGUUCAUUAGUAAAAUAUAUGGAUAGGCACAAAAUCAAACCAGAUAGUAAAGCAUUUCAUCUUCUACAAAAAUUACUUUUAAUGGAUCCCAAUAAGAGAAUUACGUCAGAACAAGCAAUGCAGGAUGCAUAUUUUUCAGAAGAUCCUUUACCAACGCAGGAUGUUUUUGCAGGCUGUCCCAUUCCAUACCCAAAACGUGAAUUUUUAACUGAUGACGAUCAGGAAGAAAAAGCAGAAAAUAAACAACGACAAAACCAACAGCAGCAGCAACAGCAACAACAACAGCAGCAGCAACAACAACAGCAAUCACAACAACAACAGCAGCAGCAGCAACAACAGCAACAGCAACAAAAUCAGCAGCAGCAGCAACAGGCAUCGAAUGGGGACAAUCACGGUAAUCCUGCAAAAAGGGUCCGGUUAUCGGGAACUACACAUCCUGGCCAGGCUAUUCCUAUAUCGCAGCAACAAGAAUUCCAUCAGCAACAGAUGAUGUACAACAGUGGAUCUCAGCAGCAACAAAAUUUCCAACAAAGGUUUUAAAAUUUGGUGACAAGUACAUACCAAUCAGUUAAUUAAGAAAGUGAGGUUAUAGAAACUUAGCGAAUUGGAUUGAGGUGUGGAUGGGACAAGUGUUAUAAGUAUUAUGAAUUUCUAGAGUGUAAGAAUAAUGUUAAUUUUUGGAAAUUAAAUUAAUAUAAAAACAA